AUGGUGAUCCGUGUUCUUUUGCUGGCCCGCUGGUCAUGGCUGGUUUUGCACCCGGCGCAUGCGCAGCAAUGUGGCCCUUGUGAGGACGUGGAGAUGACAGGUGUGAACCUUCUCCAGCGGAGCGCUGCGUCGGCGCGGCCAACCGCCAAGACCGAACAGUGUCUUCGCUUCAUGCACAUACCCAAGACAGGGGGCACCAGCAUCGAUGCAGCAAACAUCAAGCUCUCAGCGGGACACCAUGCUUUUGACUCCAUCAUGUUGCAAGCUUUCUUGCGUGCUGAUCCGGAUGAAGUUGAUUUGGGUGCAAUGUUCGACUGGGCGCACAGCAGCUCAGAGGCAUAUGAUAUCUUCUUCGCCACGCAUCCGGGCGCCAUGCGUGAAAUCCCGCCGAAUGGCCCCGAUGCGUGUGAGGAGGUGCACACCCCACCUUCCCGGAGUGCGGAGAUUCGGGAGUUCUUCCUGGAUCCGAAAUGCACUACCUUCUGUGCCGUGCGGGAGCCCCUAAGCAGAUACAUGGCAGCCUUUAAAAUGUUUCACAGGGAUUGCGAUGCGCAGUCUUUGGAGAGUCGCACAGUGGAACUCCUCUCUGAGCUCCGUUCGCGCCCAUACAUGAACAACUGCAUGUUCAUCACGCAAGCGGAGUAUGUGUAUGGUACAUCUGGCGAGAUUGGGGCAACCCAACGAUUCUGUCAGCGCAUCCUGCAUACCGAGAACCUGACAGAAGGCUUUGCUGCAUUGAUGGCCGAGUUUGGGCGUGACGUGAAGCUACCGGAGACUCAUUUUAUGGCCGGCUGGACGGACCACUGCAAAAUGACGGCUGAUGACCUGACCCCCGCAACAAGAGCUGCUCUUUACGAGCACUUCAAGGCCAGUGCCCUUCAACGAGCACUUGCGAAAGGACUCGCCAAGGACUUUCAGCUGAGCUCCCUGCCGCAAGUCUUGCAGAACAAUGUUUGCGUGCCAGCCGGAUGUUCCCGGCAAGACAUAGCGGACAGCGUGCUGCAACUCUUUUAUGAGGCAGUGCUGUUUCGUCACUGGUCUGCCACCACAGCAGUCCGCCGAAGCAGGAGUUUGCUGCUGAAUGUCGGCCCCUUCGUGAGUAUCCACGAGAUGGGACAUUGGCAGGAUCUCCAGUUGAACUUCGCCAUCCUCGGCGUGGACCACUGUGGGACGACUUCGCUGCAUCGGCACCUUAGCGAGCAUCCAUCAAUCGUGUUCUCAGAAGAGGGUGAGGACUGGUUCUUCUGGAACAAGGCGAGGCGGCUUCUCCCGCAUCGCUCGUGGAUCUCCGAGUUUGAGAGUCGAAUGGCCGUGGCCGCUGCCGCCAAGAGGACCUUGACAGGAUCUUCGCCCAGAAUUCGUGGAGUUGUUAAUCCACGCUUCUUCUUCAACGCGCUUCUGCGCAAAGCCCUCUCCCUCAUUCCACACCUGAAG